GAGCACCAUGGGAGAGCUCCAUUAGUUGUCAAUCUCUCCGUAUCUCUCCCUGCUUAUUACCAGUGGACUCGAUGAAUUUCAAAGCUUCGUUUGAGAGGUGACAGUCAGCCCUCCAAAGCGUUGGAGCAGCGAUACCGAGCGGCUGAAGUCUCCUGUUUAACCCCCCCACCCCCCCACCCGCUCCCUCCUCCCAAAAAAAAAAGAGGCAAACUAUGACAGCAGCACCAGAGUCGCUCCCCCUGGUGACUUGCCAGCUCAUUGGUCAGACCAUACUGCCCCCGACUUGCGUCCCCGUCCACACUGGCAGAUCCAUGCUGCUGGAUGCCCCUCACAGAGCCACACCUGCACCAUGAGCGCCAACGGGCCCACCCCAGACCCAGCCCCGACAGCCCCAGAAGCCCCGCCAACCUCGACGCCCACCCCAGCCUCUGCUCCGGCACCUGCUCCGACCCCGAGCCCCGCUUCGGCUCCGGCGCCCGCGGCACCGGCCGCUCCGCCUGCCCCGCCCGCCCCGCCUGCCCCGUCAACCUCGACCAUCCCGGUGGGUGCGUUGGCACAGAAGAAGCGGCAGCAGUAUGCCAAAAGCAAGAAACAGGGCAGCAACGCCAACAGCAGGCCUCCGAGGGCUCUGUUCUGCCUCAACCUGAACAAUCCCAUACGCAGGGCCUGCAUCAGCCUGGUGGAGUGGAAGCCAUUUGAUAUCUUUAUAUUAAUUGCUAUAUUUGCCAACUGUAUGGCCUUAGCUGUCUAUGUCCCUUUUCCUGCAGAUGAUUCCAACUCCACAAACCACGACCUGGAGACAGUUGAGUAUGCCUUCCUCAUCAUUUUCACAAUUGAGACGUUUCUGAAGAUUAUCGCUUACGGUUUGGUGAUGCAUCAAAAUGCCUACGUGAGAAACGGUUGGAACAUGCUGGAUUUUGUCAUUGUCGUCAUUGGACUCUUCAGUGUUGUCUUGGAGAUUCUGACCAAAGAUGAGAAAGUAGACAAUGAGGGAGAGGAAAACCACCCGUCCAUGCACGGGCACGGCGGUAAACCUGGUGGAUUUGACGUGAAAGCCCUUCGAGCCUUCCGUGUGCUGCGUCCCCUGCGGCUGGUCUCAGGAGUACCCAGUUUACAAGUGGUGUUGAACUCCAUCAUUAAAGCCAUGGUCCCUCUCCUUCAUAUUGCCCUCCUGGUCUUGUUUGUCAUCAUCAUCUAUGCUAUUAUUGGCCUGGAGCUUUUCAUCGGUAAAAUGCACGCAACCUGCUACCUUCCUGGCGCAGACAUCAUAGCAGAGGAGGACGCUGCUCCAUGUGCGAUCUCAGGGCACGGGCGGCAAUGCCCCAUCAAUGGCACAGAGUGCAGGGAAGGCUGGCAAGGCCCCAACGGUGGCAUCACCAAUUUCGACAACUUCCUGUUCGCCAUGCUGACGGUGUUUCAGUGCAUCACCAUGGAGGGCUGGACAGACGUGCUCUACUGGAUGAACGAUGCUAUGGGCUUUGAGCUUCCAUGGGUAUACUUUGUCAGUCUUGUGAUCUUCGGCUCCUUUUUCGUUCUUAACCUGGUUUUGGGUGUGUUGAGCGGAGAGUUCUCCAAAGAGAGAGAAAAGGCCAAAGCUCGCGGUGACUUCCAGAAGCUGCGUGAGAAGCAGCAGCUGGAGGAGGACCUGAAGGGUUACCUGGACUGGAUCACUCAGGCUGAAGAUAUCGACCCUGACAAUGAAGAUGAGGCAGACGAGGAGUGUAAACGCAACCGGGUGACUCUGGCUGACCUUACUGAGAAGAAGAAAGGAAGGUUUGGGUGGUUCAGCCAGUCGUCCGACACUCAUGCGAGCGUUCCGCCCAGCGAAACGGAAUCUGUGAACACAGAGAACCAAAACGGAGAGGACGAAAAGACGCCAUGCUGCGGACCUCUGUGUCAAAAAAUUUCAAAGUCAAAGUUCAGUCGGCGCUGGCGCCGCUGGAACAGGUUCUGCCGCAGAAAGUGCAGGUUGGCUGUUAAAUCGGUGCCUUUCUAUUGGCUGGUCAUCAUCCUGGUUUUCCUCAACACCCUCACCAUAUCAUCAGAGCACUACAACCAACCUUUGUGGCUGACACAAGUGCAGGAUGUGGCCAACAAGGUGCUGUUAGCCCUGUUCACUUGUGAGAUGUUGGUGAAGAUGUACAGUCUCGGCCUGCAGGCCUACUUUGUGUCACUCUUCAACCGCUUUGACUGCUUUGUGGUGUGUGGAGGAAUCACCGAAACCAUCCUGGUGGAGCUGGAGAUAAUGUCGCCCCUCGGGAUCUCCGUGUUCCGAUGCGUGCGCCUGCUGAGGAUUUUCAAGGUCACGCGUCACUGGCAGUCACUCAGCAACUUGGUGGCGUCCCUCCUCAACUCCAUGAAGUCCAUCGCUUCCCUGCUGCUGCUGCUCUUCCUCUUCAUCAUCAUCUUCUCCCUGCUGGGCAUGCAGGUUUUUGGCGGCAAGUUCAAUUUUGACGAGACGCAAACCAAGAGGAGCACCUUUGACAACUUUCCACAAGCGCUACUCACGGUCUUUCAGAUCUUGACAGGAGAAGACUGGAACGCUGUCAUGUACGAUGGCAUCAUGGCGUACGGAGGCCCUUCUUCUUCAGGGAUGAUUUUAUGCUUCUACUUCAUCAUCCUCUUCAUCUGCGGAAACUACAUCCUCCUAAAUGUCUUCUUGGCCAUUGCUGUGGACAACUUGGCAGAUGCAGAGUCUCUCAACACAGAUGAAGGAGAUAAGAAAGGGGCUAAAAAGGAUGAGAAAGACGAGAAGGAUGAAGAAGAAGACAAUGACGACGCCGCGGCAGAGGAGGACGACCCAGAAGUCCCAGCAGGACCUCGGCCGGCCAUCUCCGACUUGGUCAAGAAGGAGAAGAUCACUCCGAUCCCAGAGGGAAGUGCCUUUUUUAUCUUCAGCAACACCAAUCCGGUUCGCGUGUUUUGCCACAAGCUCAUCAAUCACCACAUCUUCACCAACCUCAUCCUGGUGUUCAUCAUGCUCAGCUCCGUCUCGCUCGCCGCAGAGGAUCCCAUCCGAAACUUCUCCGCUCGCAAUAUUAUACUUGGUUACUUUGACUAUGCUUUCACGGCUAUCUUUACUGUUGAGAUCAUUUUGAAGGUCCUAGGCUAUGCAGAUUAUGUCUUCACUAGUAUGUUUACAUUUGAGAUCAUAUUGAAGAUGACGACAUACGGAGCUUUUCUCCAUAAAGGAGCUUUCUGCAGGAAUUACUUCAACCUUCUCGACUUGUUAGUGGUCGGAGUGUCUUUAGUCUCCUUUGGCAUACAGUCGUCUGCCAUCUCAGUGGUGAAGAUUCUCAGGGUCCUUCGUGUCCUGAGACCCUUGAGAGCCAUCAAUCGAGCCAAAGGCCUGAAGCACGUGGUGCAGUGUGUGUUUGUGGCCAUCAGAACCAUCGGCAACAUCAUGAUUGUCACCACUCUUCUGCAGUUCAUGUUCGCCUGCAUUGGGGUGCAGCUCUUCAAGGGAAAGUUGUAUCGCUGCACAGAUGAAGCCAAAUCUAGCCCAGAGGAGUGCAAAGGCACCUACAUCCUGUAUAAGGACGGCGAUGUGAAUCAGCCCACCAUCCACAAACGAAUGUGGCACAACAGCGACUUCAACUUCGACAACGUGCUAAUGGCCAUGAUGGCUCUAUUCACUGUCUCCACCUUUGAAGGCUGGCCUGCGUUACUAUACAAGGCAAUCGACUCCAACAGGGAGAACCUCGGGCCCAUUUACAACUACCGUGUGGAGAUUUCCAUCUUCUUUAUCAUCUACAUCAUCAUCAUCGCCUUCUUCAUGAUGAACAUCUUUGUAGGUUUUGUGAUUGUCACGUUUCAGGAGCAAGGAGAGAAGGAGUACAAAAACUGUGAACUCGACAAGAACCAGCGUCAGUGUGUGGAAUACGCCUUGAAGGCCCGUCCUCUAAGGAGGUACAUCCCCAAGAACCCAUACCAGUACAAGUUCUGGUAUGUGGUCAACUCCACGGGCUUUGAGUACAUCAUGUUUGUGCUCAUCAUGCUAAACACACUCUGCUUGGCUGUACAGCACUACGGCCAGUCGGCGCUCUUUAACUACGUCAUGGAUAUCCUCAACAUGGUCUUCACGACUGUUUUCACUGUGGAAAUGGUUCUCAAGCUCAUUGCUUUUAAACCCAGGCACUAUUUCGCUGAUGCUUGGAACACAUUUGAUGCCUUAAUUGUCGUCGGUAGCGUCGUUGAUAUUGCUAUCACUGAAGUGAAUCCAACAGAGACUCCUCAGGUGGAUGAACUGGGGAACACGGAGGACAGCGCCCGCAUCUCCAUCACCUUCUUCCGUCUCUUCCGGGUCAUGCGGCUCGUCAAGCUGCUCAGCAGAGGGGAGGGCAUCCGAACUCUUCUUUGGACCUUCAUCAAAUCUUUCCAGGCCCUUCCAUACGUCGCUCUUCUGAUAGCUAUGCUGUUCUUCAUCUAUGCUGUCAUUGGGAUGCAGGUUUUUGGGAAAAUUGCGAUGGAGGAUGGCACGCACAUCAACAGAAACAACAACUUCCAGACCUUCCCUCAGGCCGUGCUUCUCCUCUUUAGAUGUGCCACUGGAGAGGCGUGGCAAGAGAUCAUGUUGGCCUGCAUGCCAGGGAAGCUUUGUGACCCAGAGUCAGACUACAACCCCGGGGAGGAGAUGACAUGUGGCAGUGGAUUUGCAAUAAUUUACUUCAUCACCUUCUACAUGCUCUGCGCCUUUUUGAUCAUCAAUUUGUUUGUGGCCGUCAUCAUGGACAACUUUGACUAUUUGACACGGGAUUGGUCCAUUCUUGGCCCACACCACCUAGAUGAAUUCAAGAGAAUUUGGUCGGAGUACGACCCAGAGGCCAAGGGAAGAAUUAAACAUCUAGACGUGGUAACACUUCUUCGACGAAUCCAGCCUCCUCUUGGCUUUGGUAAACUGUGUCCUCAUCGAGUGGCUUGCAAGAGGCUGGUGGCCAUGAAUAUGCCUCUGAACAGUGAUGGCACGGUCAUGUUUAACGCUACUCUUUUUGCACUUGUGCGAACAGCCCUCAAGAUAAAAACGGAAGGUAAUCUUGAGCAGGCCAAUGAGGAGCUUCGAGCUGUCAUCAAGAAAAUUUGGAAGAGAACCAGUAUGAAGUUGCUGGAUCAAGUUGUGCCGCCUGCUGGUGAUGAUGAGGUAACCGUGGGGAAGUUCUAUGCCACCUUCCUGAUACAGGACUACUUUAGGAAAUUCAAGAAACGUAAAGAGGAAGGCCUGGUGGGUGCACAUCCCUCCCAGAACAGCACAGCCAUCGCACUGCAGGCUGGCCUACGCACGCUCCAUGAUAUUGGGCCCGAAAUUCGCCGAGCGAUAUCAUGUGACCUGCAAGAUGAUGAACUAGUAGACUUUAUACCAGAGGAAGACGAGGAAAUAUAUAGGCGUAAUGGCGGACUCUUUGGCAACCAUCUGAUGAAUGGAGGUCAUCGCCGAUCCAACGGCCACCAGACCAACGCGACGCAGCGGCCUCUGCAGGUGCAGCCGCCCCCUCACUACGCUCACAUGGAGCAACCGGUGGGACGGCUUUCUCGAGCCAACGCCAUGUCCUACGCCAACCACCGUCACCAUCACCACCAUCACCACCACCACCGCCACCACAACAACUCCUACGGCAAGUCUCCCAAAUCCACCAACAUCAACCUCAACAAUGCCAACAAGUCCAGUCUGCCCAACGGGGGGCACCAUCGCUACUAUGACCACGCCCCUACUAAUGGCUACCCGGGUCACCGCGGCUCCUACUAUGACUAUGAAAAGCCUCGCGCCCCACAAGCUCAAAGAAGGCGCUACUAUGAGACCUAUGUUAGGUCCAACGGCGGAGAUAGACGCCACCCCACCAUCCGCAGAGAGGAAGAGCUGGAUGAAGAUCGUUUGUCUGGGGAGUAUUUCAGCGGAGAGGAGUUUUAUGAAGAUGACAGUAUGCUCUCAGGCGACAGGUACCAGAACAGUGAUACAGAGUAUGAGACUCCCAAAGGUUACCAUCAUCCUGACAGUUACUAUGACGACGAUGAGCAGCCCCUCUACCGCGACUCACGGAGGUCACCAAAAAGACGUUUGCUCCCUGCCACACCUGAAGGUUUGCCUGGUCACAGGAGGCCGUCUUUCAACUUUGAGUGUCUGCGCAGGCAGGGUAGCCAAGAUGAGCUUCCACAUCAGCGUACUGCACUACCACUGCACCUUAUGCAGCACCAGGUCAUGGCCGUAGCAGGCCUGGACUCCAGCAGAGCCCACCGUCUCUCCCCGACACGCUCCACCCGCUCCUGGGCCACCCCUCCUGCCACCCCAGCCAGUAAAGACCAGUCACCCUACUACACCCCUCUCAUCCGUGUAGACCACCCACACAGGGAUAGCACCGCCAGCAGCCACGUAUCGGUGCGCAAGAGCUCCUGGUACUCUGACGACCCCGAGUUCACGCAGAGGACGUACUCGCCCAUUCACCUGCAGGUGCCGCCCGAGUACCACAGCCAGUACCACCAGAAGCGAGGAAGCGCCACCAGCCUCGUUGAAGCGGUUUUGAUAUCAGAGGGACUCGGGAGGUACGCCAAGGAUCCCAAGUUUGUUGCUGCCACCAAGCACGAGAUAGCGGACGCCUGCGAGAUGACGAUAGAUGAGAUGGAGAGCGCGGCCAGCCACCUGCUGAACGGCGGCAUGGCGCCGGUUAUCAACGGGGUUAACGUCUUCCCUCUUCUGACCGCGGGGGGCUUUGAACCGCAGGACCCAGCGGCCAGCUACAGCGACGAGGAGCCCGAGACGGAACUGAGGGUUCCCUAUGAAGAGGACCUGGCCGACGAGAUGAUUUGCAUCACGACUUUAUAGCAGAAAAGGACCCUUGACGGACUACAAUCGGUGAAAACACAAGACAAAUUGUAUUCAUAGGCUCUGACCAAAAGAAGUGCCUUUACACUGAAGAGAAAGGCACAGAGAAGAGAGACGCAAACAAGUCCCGUGCUUUUUCAAAGGAAACUUCUCUCCCUGCCAGCAAAGGACGUCACAGCACGGAGCCCUGCGGAGCACUGAGGGGCCAACUCGACCUUCCUGUCAAAGGGCUUGACCUGUGGGUCCGGACAGAGACCAUCCAGGAUAAGCGGCGAGGACGUGCCAUGCUCUUUAGGGCUGGUGUGUUAGGGUGAUGACAAUCAGAUGUACGAUGUCAUUACCUCAGUCACUUUACUAAGGUUUGGCAUAUCAUGCAAGUUUUCAAUGCAAGCAUAGAAAGACAUAUCUCCCCCCCCCCCCCCACCCAGUCUUCUCCUUUAGUCUGAUUUGAUCCCGUUUUCCCGUGAUACAUAUUACAGUAGUAGUACUGCAGCCGUGUCAUAAAGCAAAGAGUUGCAACAACCAAAAUUAUGCAGGAACGAACGCAUUACUUUUGAAGCGACUAAAAAGCAUUUGUGAGAAAUGCACUAGUAGGCAGGUUAUUUACAAUUGUAGAAUAACCUGAUUAAUAUUUCCUAGUUGAGAACCUGUAAAUUGUAUUAUAUAAUAGGAGACACUUUGCAAAGAGAUGUUCUAUAUUUUGUAAUUAUGUAUGAUUUCAAAGAUCAGCAAUAUGGACCAUUCUGAUGUGCUAUGAAUUCAGACACCCAUUUAUUAGGUUUUAUUAGCUACCAUUUGCUGACUUGGAUUUGCCUUUUACGUUGUAUGCUAAUACAUAGCCUUCAUUUUACUUGUACUUAUUUAUUUAAGUUCAUUUUGCCUUUGGCUGCGGUUUUAAGAGGUUUUGCUUGUGCGACCAACGCUACCUGCACAAAUCGAGCAAACCGUUGUGAUUUUGUUAGCACAAGCGCGGUACUCAUUGAAUGGUAUAAAGUGCAACCCCAUAUUAAAUGGCCGACCCCGUGGCCCCCCUGCUGGCAUACCAUACAGAUGCAAUGAAUGCAUUUUUUUUUGCAUCUUUAUUUGCCAUGAAAUCAAUGCUGCUUUAUUCUUCGUUCUUCAAACCUUAAUACGGUCGCUCCCGAUUAAAAUGCCUUUGUUGCUGCUGAAAGAAUGACGAAAAGAUAGAUGGUAUAGCAAGAUAAUGGCAGUAUAAAUGAUUAUCUAUCAAAGCUGGUGCUGGGGUUUUUUUCAUGAUUGAUAGGUCCUUGAAGACUUUCUACGAAAUCGCGUCUGGAGUGUGUGAGGGCUGCGUCCUCCUGGUGGCAGGAGUGGGUGAAGUGGAUGGGAAGUGUCCCGUUGCAAGGCUAAGGAAUACUAAAAGCCCCCCUCCCCCUUCUUCCUGAACCCCUCUUUCUCUCUCCGCCUGCCUGGCAUUGCGUAUACCUCGUUUGGCAAAGGUGACAACAUAUCAUCGUCUCAAUGUAUCUAUGUGUCACAGUGUCCCGCUGAGGAGUUCAAAACAGGGUUAACCAUGGAUCUGCUUGUUUCUAAUGAUGUGACAAGAGGCUGAAGGACGGCCAAUGAACACAAGCAAACGUUGGGAUUUACAGGAUGCCGUGUUAAGUAAAGAGUUUAGAAGCGUCAAGAAUAUUUAGGAUUCGCGUUAUCCGUUGUACGUUUGGUCCGUCGGCGUGUGCGUCCUUGUAUGCUAAUUUAACCGUCAUGACAAUGUAGAUUUUCCAUUUUGUGUGCACAUUGAAAGGGCUCUUUGAAAAGAUAAAUGUGUUCUAGUCCUUUUGCGGAUGUCAAAAGGAAUGCACAUAACGGGCACAUUGUACUAUUCGUAGCAAUUGAUGAACUGAAGAUAUGCAUUCUUUUGUAAACACUUUUAAGCGUUGAGUUAAUCGAAAGAUGAAAAGAACUUACUUUUACCUCAAGUCAGGGAUUCCUGGAAAAAAAAAAAAAAAAGAGUAAAUAGUAACUUGGUUGAGUCUUAAAUAUUAGCACAUAGCUGUUUGUCUUUGCACAAGUAAGUGUAUUGUGCUUCUGUUUCUCCUUUUUCUAAACUGAUUUGUGUAUUAAGGUGAGACAAUUUUGUACUUUUUUGUGAUUGUGUGUAUGGUUUAGUGGAAUCUAUAUUUGUCAUUCACACCUCAUCGUACAAUGCUGGGAAUGAAAGAGAAUCAAAAUAUUUUAAAGGUGCGCUGUUGCUCUGCUGGGAAAACAAGAAAAUGGAUAAAAUACCAGUUUACAGAGAAACGGGCCGUUUCUGUCACUUUUCUUCAUAUGGUUAUAAAUAGAAUUACUUUUAUUAAUGUUCUGAAAGCUGUAUACAAAUAGAAGAUGAUGUAAAAUAUGUAUAAAAUACUGGAAAGACCCAUGGUAAUGUUCUCUACUUGAAAGUCUUGAUAUUUGCUCUUUAAUGUUUCUUUUUGGUUAACAACAAUCUCUUCGUAGCAAAUGCGAUAAUAUAUAACAUUGGGUUUUGUAACAAUACAUUUUUUGGGUAUUUUUCAUUUGAUUUGGGUCAUGUAUUUAUUAAAAUCAAUUAAGUUAUUUAUUUUCUAAUAAGCAUCAUUGAAUAAACUUAUACUGAAGUAC